UCUGGUCCGACGACGACGAGGGAGGACGCCGGCGGUGGUGGAUCUGCCAGAUCUGCAGAGAUCCGACGGAGGCGCGAGGGGAGAUGGUUGUGAACGGCCGGCCGCUCAAGAAGGCGAGGACACGGGUCGAGGCCUUUGCGGGGUUCCCGGCGCCCAGGGACGGCGGGGCCGCCGGCACGUUCCGGGAGGCGGUCAGGGGGUUCCUCGCCAGGCACGCGCGCCUGCUGCCGCUCCCCUCCAUCUUCUCGCCGGCGGCCGCCGCCGCCCCGCCGCACCUGCUCACGUGGAGGGUCUCGCUCAGGGUCGGCGACGACGGGGACGACGACGGCGGUGGCGGUGGUGGAUGCGGGGUCGAGCUCAACGUCGUGGAGGAGGAUGUGCUCAGAUCGCGAUCUGUCUAUUGUGAUCAGUGCAGAGUCGUGGGAUGGAGCGGGCACCCGGUGUGCGGGAAGCGGUACCAUUUCAUCAUCGAGAACGACAGCAUCCAGAUGGCUGGCCGUCGACGCACCUGCUGCCUCCGCUGCGGGACUCCCAUGGCCGCGGCAGACUCAAGGUGCCUCUUGUGCAACUUUGACAUGGAAGGCGAGGAGCUGGAAGAGUGUGGAUACCUGCAUCUGGAUGAUUCCUCACACUUGCUGCAUGCAGUUGUUCAUGCAAACGGCUAUGGACAUCUUCUCAGGGUAAAUGGCCGGGAAGGAGGAUCAAGGCUUCUUACUGGCCGUGACAUAAUGAGCUUCUGGGAUCGCCUCUGCAAUGUGCUGCAUGUGAGGAAGGUCACUGUCAUGGACAUAUCCAAGAAGCAUGGAAUGGACUACAGGCUUCUGCAUGCCAUCACAAGUGGUCAUCCGUGGUAUGGUGAAUGGGGUUAUAAGUUUGGCGCUGGUAGCUUUGCACAUACCUCAGACACCUACCAAGAGGCAGUCGAUGUGCUCUCUGGCAUACACCUGGCGCUGUACUUCUCACAUCGCAACACCAUCAGGACCCCAUUACAGAACACGAUUGCUCUGUAUUGGGCCCUAUCCGAUCGACAGCUUGUGACUGUGAGGGACCUCUUCCGGUUCAUAAUGCACCUGCUUCAUCAAGCCCGUAAGGAUGCCGAGAAGUCAAAACCAGUGAUGGGUGGAGAAGUUGAAUCCAAUGUGCUCUGCAUGUGGAACAAAGAAGAUGUUGAUCGAGCCGAAGCUGCAAUGCUCAAGAUUCUCCGUGCUGUAGAGACAGGACGCUGGGUGUCUUGGCGUGCACUUAGGGGAGCUGCAUCCAAGGCUGUUGAUUCACAGGAGCUGCUGGAUUAUUCCCUUAGAGGACUGCGAGGAAAACUGAUGGAUGAUGGCCAUUUCAUUGCUGUCCGCUGCAAUGCUGAGACUAGUGCAAUUGAAUACAGGCUGGAAACAUACUCCAAUCAGUCCCCAGUAGACGCAACUGUGUUUGGGCCCUCUGUUGAGCAUCUAGUACACGAUCUUCGAUUCCUCUAUGAUGCUCUGCUGAACCCUGAAACGAUGCUGACUUCACAACCAGAGGUGGUGGCUGCAUCAUCACACAAUGCAGCUGCAAAAAUCCUGGAUUGCAAGCAGUUCAUCAAACACUAUGAUGAGAGUGCUCCAGAAUCUGUUUUGAACCCAAACCUGCUUUCUGUGAGUUGCUCCAUUGAACUGCUUGAUCAUCCAAAGGACUACACUGCACCACCGAUGGAACUUCUAAUUUUACCAGAAAGUGCUACCCUCGGUCAACUGAAAAUCCAGGCUGCAAAGGUCUUUCAAGAAACGUACCUCAUGUUCCAUAGCUUCCAGGCUGAACAGCUCCCUGACUUCCUAAACUUAAGUGACACAACACCUGUGAAGCAUGUGCUUGGCUCGAGCCAGCUUGUAAGGGUUAGAGGACGGUGCACUGGGGAUCACCGGAGAAUUGUACAGUUCAGGAUGGAGAGGGGUUUGGAGAACUGGACGGUGGACUGUACAUGUGGUGCCAAGGACGAUGAUGGUGAGAGGAUGAUGGCAUGUGAUGUGUGUGGAGUCUGGCAGCACACCAGGUGCUCAGGGAUCAGCGAUUUUGAAGAAGUCCCCGAUAAGUUCAUCUGUAGGAAGUGUGCAAGUCCACGCAAAGGAAAGAAUCGCGGUGGUGGAGGUGGCAGUGGCGGCGGCAGAGUGGAUAUGGGUGCUGCUGGCAGGUGCAAGGAUGAGAUUGGAUCUGUUGGUGGUGCAGGCAAAUUUGGGCGCCUGGCAACCGUGGGGUGACUGUACAUAAUGUAGUGAAAUGUAAAUACUGAGAGCGAGAGAGUGAUGAGCAGAGCCUGAGGCCUCUCUAGACCUUAAGUGGUUAAUGAAAUCUUGUCUUUC